AUGAAAAGGAUCAUCUUCACAGGCGGAUGUCAACAAAUACCUCUUCGUUCGGAGCCAUUACCACAGGAGGUCCCACCAGCAAACUCAGGCUUUACACCAUCCUCCUGGAUCAAUACUGAAAAAUGGGAACGGACUCACCAAGACACUCUCCCUGCAGCCUACUCCAAAGAGAGGUCGCCUGGGAAGCAGUUAGUUGUGGACACCACCCCUUACCUCCAUAAUAAUGUGGAAAGAUCUACUGGCAGGGAGCGCAGAAGUGGCCAUGUUGAAUGGCAGAUGCAAGAGGAGCUGGUGCGCAAGUUAGAGGAUCAGCUGGCACAAGAGAAGCAGAGACUGAGUGUUAUGCGAGCCGAACUGGCAUCCAGUUCCCACUCGCAGCAUCUGUGUGCACCAGGAGUAAUUCUUCCGCAUCAAAGCAAAGACCCAAGGAGUGAGAUUUACUUUUCUAAUCACCAUGAAAACCACAAUAGUGCAGAAAGGAACUCCAGCAUGGUAUAUUACAGAUGCACUACUGCUCGCCCACCUUUCACAUAUGCUGCCCUCAUUGGUUGGGCCAUCCUAGAAUCCCCCAAGAAACAGCUCAGCCUGAAUGAGAUUUAUCGCUGGUUCAACAACAACUUUGGCUACUUCAGGCAUAACAUCCCAACCUGGAAGAAUGCCAUUCGACACAACCUUAGCUUGCACAAAUGCUUUGUGCGUGUGGAGAACAUGAAGGGAGCCGUGUGGACAGUGGAUGAGUUUGAGUAUCAGAAGAGAAGGAGCCAGCGCUGUUCCACUUACCCACAUCCAUUUCUGGGGAGCCAUGGAGCAGCACUGCUUUUUGGACAGCCGUGGGAGAGGACAGCCCAGUUGAGAACAGAAAGGAGCAACCAUUACAGGCCAGAGCACACCAUCCCCUCUUCUUUUUCCGCAGGGACUGUGAGCUAAAUAGCUGAAACUCUUGAAGCAGAGUUCAGAGGGUUUGUAAGGGUCUAUGUGCUUAAUGUAUUGUCAAAGGCUUUCAUGGCCGGAAUCACUGGGUUGUUGUAGGUUUUUUUCGGGCUAUAUGGCCAUGUUCUAGAGGCAUUCUCUCCUGACGUUUCGCCUGCAUCUAUGGCAAGCAUCCUCAGAGGUUGUGAGGUCUGUUGGAAGUAGGAAAAAGGGUUUAUAUAUCUGUGGAAUGACCAGGGUGAGACAAAGGACUCUUGUCUGC